CGUCGCCUAUGCAUACCUUGUCAAGCAUUUUUGGACGGUUUCACAAUGCUAGAGGACGCGAUCCUCGAUAACCCUGAUGCUUACGGGUUUGUAGCUCGUAUGCUGCAUGCCUGUACUUUGAGAGCGGAUUUGGUCGAAAGGUUGGCAAGCAAAAUCCACGGUCGUGAACACUGCAAGGAACGCUUCCUUGAUCAGUAUUUUUCGCUCUUUAGUCGGUUUCAGCCACGUAACGAGAGGGUCGACUGGGACGUACACCCCAGCCCUGUCGGAGGGGGAGGAGAAUCAGGACCAGGAGACCAGGGGCCAGUCGUACCCUACGCUUAUGCAUUUUAGCAACGUCUCGAUUUGCAGCUAUCUGAGCGAGCCAACUCUGAUCAAAACAUGGGUUCAACAUGCCAGUGUAUACUAUUGAUACUCAUAUCUCUGCCUUGUAAAACAGAAUACAAAGCCAUCGUAAACAGACAAA